GCCAACAGCAUCCAAGUUUAUCAACAUGAUCGCUUACACAACAGUCAUUCUGCUACUAACCGCGCUCGCGGCCGGACGUCCCUCCGACGGCUGGGAGACAGAAGGGCAGACCCACUCGGAGCACACGAAGCCGUACCACGUGACCGUGGUCAAGAAGAUCGGCGUGCCCAUACCGCACCCCGUGGCGGUAUCUGUACCGCAGUACGUGAAGGUACCGAUACCGCACCCCUACCCUGUGCAUGUCACGGUGGAGCAACCGAUUCAUGUGCCGGUUUAUAAGGUCGUGCCCCAAAUCGUCGAAAAACCGGUACCGUACACGGUAGAAAAACCAGUGCCCUAUGAGGUCGAGAAGCCCUACCCAGUGGAGGUCGAAAAGAAGGUCGAAGUACCGAUCCCUAAGCCCUACCCCGUCCAUGUACCUGUUUACAAGCAUAUCUACCACCACAAGGGAAAACACUAAACCCUGUUUGAUACUCUAGAUAUACAAAAUUAACACCUAUGAAUUUUCGGUUAAAACAAAAAUAGUUCAAUUAGUGGAGAUAGUGCUAUCACUGUCUCUCACUCGUACAAAUAACUAAAAGCGAUAGAGAUAGCAGUCUCGAAAUUAAAACUUCUUCGUUUUCUUUGUCGCAAAAUGUAUGUAAAAUAAUAAUGGAAUUAAGCAAUGCAUUUGGCUAUUGUAUAUUCAUGAAUUAUUUCGCUUAUUGGUGAUUAAAGCCAUAAAUAUUUAAGGGUACAAACAGUUCUGUGUCGGUCAAAGCUCGCGCUGUGAGCUCGCCGCUUUCGGUAUUUACCGGAUAAAACCGGUAAAAACCGGAUUGUAAAUAUAACGGUGUCUCGCCUGUAUACAAAUGUGAUAUUUAUUGUGUGUAUCGAUCUGUUGUUUGUUGUAUUGUUAUUGUUGUUGACUAUUGUGUAGUUAUUGUUAAGUUUUUUUAAUACAAUAUGUUGAUAUA